AUGGAUAUUUCCAAGAUUGCUAAGACGCUAGUUAAAUCAGUGGCAACUGGCGAGAAUGUAACCAUAGAGACAUUCUGGCAGAAGAGCCCAUGUGUGAUCACAUUCCUACGGAGGUUCGGAUGACCCUUCUGUCGCCUCGGAGCGAGGCAAAUAAGCACACUGAAACCUCGGCUAGACGACAACAACGUUCGGUUGAUUGGAGUCGGCCUUGAGGAAUUAGGCGUGGAGGAGUUUGUGAAACUGGAAUUCUUUAAAGGAGAAUUGUACAUAGACACCAAGAAGGAAUCCUAUAAGGCCCUUGGAUUCAAAAGAAUGAACAUUUUUAAUGUGUUCCCAUCGAUAUUUGGUAAGAAGGCCAGGGAGGUUAAUGAUCAGGCGAAGAAGGACAACAUUGGAGGCAAUUUGGCUGGAGACGGUAUGCAAAAUGGAGGAACCCUUGUAAUUGAUAAAGGAGGCAAGGUGCUACUUUGCUUUAAGCAGGAGAACGCGGCUGACCAUGUUGAGAACAGUGAGAUCCUCAAGGCCCUUGGUUUGAAUGCUGGUGUAACUGGGGGUCAAUCUGAAGGGGCUACGGGCGGGGCUGAAGGGGACGGGGCUCGAAAGAAUGUGUGCAAAGAUGAUGCGUGUAAUUAAAUUUGAGAAGUGAACUUGUAUGCAUCCAGGAACAAAUUGCUAGUUGCUUCAUAACCAGUUGCGAGAUAGAGUGUUUAAAUUUAAAAAUAAAAUUUACGACUUGUUUCAUUAAAUCAUAUAUACGUUUCAAUAGAUUUUAUUCUUGCAAUUGUUUUCAAUAGAUUUUAUUUUUGCAAUUGUAAACCAAUGUAUAAAUAUGGAAGAUGUUGGUUGAACACACAUUAAUUGACAAUUUGUAUAUAGUACAAUCAAUCCAAUAUUGUUUGCUUCAGUAAAAUUUAUAGUGAGCAAAUUUACACCCAUACUGAUAUGUUAACUUUUAUUUUUUGUAGAACCAAAAUUGUGUCUAUGUGUUGUAUGAAAAAAUAUUCACAGACUUAUCAGGAUUUCCCAACAUAGAACAUGUCUUGUGUUUCUUUCAAUAUGAAAUUAAUUGGUUUCUUCAGAGACUGAUUAGGUAGUGAGUUAAUGCUGCCCGAAAUGCUCUCUAUGAAUUCCAUUUGAAACAGGUAUUAACACAAUUGUUACUAAAAUGCUCAGUUGACUCUCUGUCAUUACAAAAGAUGUAAAAGUUAUUUUUGCCAUCAUUAUAUGAACUUAUUUUGUUUAGUUACAAAUGGGGCGACUAUUCAAAUAUAAUUGAGCCGCGCUCUGUGAAAAGGGGGUUUAAUGCAUGUGCGUACAGUGUCGUCCAAGAUUAGCCUGUGCAGACUGCACAGGCUAAUCAGGGACGACACUUACCACCUAAACCUCAUUUUUGCAUGGAAGAGACUUUCUUGAAAAGAAAAAUAUCAUAAAAGCCUUUUUGGACUGCACAGGCUAAUCUGGGUCGACAAUUUAUGCACAUUCAUGGAACCUUCUUUUCACAGAGCACAGCCCAUUGUUAUGUCAUGUUUUCAGUUCACCGGUUAUGUAAUAAGUGCUUUAUUUCUAUAUAUUUUUAGUAUUCCCUAUGUAAUGAAUUGGCUUAUGACGAGCAUAUUCAUGAAACACUUCAUAUUGGUUAACCACAUGAUUAAGUAUGGUAAUUUGCUAUUGUAAACGUUUUUUUUUUACAUUUUCUGUAUUAAUCCGGUGAAUACUUGUCACACUAGAUUUAAAUCUUGACUUGGUGUCAUCUGUCAUUAGUUUAUACAUUAAAACAAAAGUUUAAACAUAGAAGUUAAAUUUGAUUGCCUUCAAAUUGUCUGUUUUUAUGCCCCCGGUAGGGUGGCAUAUAGCAGUUGAACUGUCCGUCUGUCAGUCUGUUCGUCCGUCCGAAAACUUUAACAUUGGCCAAAACUUUUGCAAUAUUGAAGAUAGCAACUUGAUAUUUGGCAUGAAUGUGUAUCUGAUGAAGCUGCACAUUUUGAGUGGUGAAAGGUCAAGGUCAUCCUUCAAUGUCAAAAGUAAAAAAAUACAAUCCAUGGAAAGUAAUAAUCUUUAAAAGGGAGUUAAUAUCUAAACCUGCCAAAUGAUAAAUUGAAAUUUUAUUUCAAAGCGGGGCAAUAGGGGCAUUGUGUUUCUGACAAACACUCUUGUUAACAAUAUACUUGUCUGCAAGAAAACAAGAGAAACAACCUUAAAGAGUUUUGGUGCAAUGUUUAUGAAAAACAAUAUUUGAUAUUAAUCUCAUCAGAUUGAUUUUCAUCCAAGCUAUUUUUUGUGUGUUAAAAUUCAGGUGUUAAUCUAAGGAUUUGGGUUCUACUUGCGUGGAGGGCAAGUUUCUUGGACCAUUUUCCCUUUUUCUUGCCCCCCCUGCUCCAAAAGUCAGCGCUUCUUUUUCUGAUAUGAUGCCAAGACGUGAAAUGAAGAAAUAUACUUUAUUAUUAUAAUUAUUUUCACUAGAUUAUUAUUGACUUUAAUUGAUUCAAUAUAAGCAGGUUUGUUUCCAAAGUCUUUAUUUAACCCUAUAUAGAGUCCAAGCCUGUAAACUCACUGUUGUGUGUAAUAUCAUUUUUGUCUGGUAAGAUUAAAUACAUGAUGAGAUAUGUAUAAUCUAUCUCAAUUAGAUAUAAUUUAUCACAUUGUUUUUAUAGAUAGUGUACUAUUUUGAUUUUUUAACAGUUUUCUAAUGUACUAUUGACUUAAAUUACAGCAGCAAAAUAAGUACAAUUGCUUUCUAGUCUGUUCUUAUUUAUUUUAAAAAUUUACAUAAAAGUAGAUUUUUUUAAUUAAAAAAGUGCUUAUUAAAACCUGCAAGUGGUGCGUUUCAUAACUAUAUAAACAAAGUAUUAUAAUGAAGUUUUAUCCAAUGUUUUGUUAGUUUUGCACUUUCCUAAUUAGCAUAUUUGUUCUUUCAUCAUAUAGCCAGUAUUGAUCCAUUUCUGAACGUAUAUCAACUGCAAUGCAUGCUUAAUCUGUUUUGUGUGUUGUUUGCUCAUCAAUAUUGUUAAUUAAAUAUGCUUUUUGUAAUUUUCAUUUUUUAUUUGUUAAGCUUCACUUCAAUUAAUUGACAAACGCUCUUUUCUGAACGUGCAUUGUGACGUCUCUUUCUGUAACCAUGAACAUGGUAGAAAGAUGACUGAUGAUCAUUAAUUGGUCGCCGUUUCAAAAAGGCCUUUGUUGAAACGUAUUGAAUUGUAACUUAACUUUGUAAUUUAUAAAUAUGACAAUAUAAUAAAACAUGUAAAUCCAUAAA